AUGCAGGCCCCCAGCCGCCGGUGUCGCUGGGCCAGCCUCCCCAGCCCCAACGUGCGUGAGGCCGCCUCCAUGUACGGCACAGCCGUGGCCGUCUUCCUGGUCAUCCUGGUGGCUGCGCUGCAGGGCUCGGCACCUCCCGAGAGCCCCUUCCCCUACCGCAUCCCCCUGGACCCCGAGGGGGCCCUGGAGCUCUUGUGGAACAUCAGCUAUGUCCAGGAGGUCGUGCACUUCCAGCUCCUGGUGCGGGGGCUCCGGGCUGGGGUCCUGUUUGGGAUGUCGGACCGUGGAGAGCUGGAGAAUGCUGACCUUGUUGUGCUCUGGACUGACGGUGACAGUGCCUACUUUGCGGAUGCCUGGAGUGACCAGAGGGGGCAGAUCCACCUGGACCCCCAGCAGGACUACCAGCUGCUGCAGGCACAGAGAACCCCUGAAGGCCUGUCCCUGCUCUUCAAGAGGCCCUUCAGCACUUGUGACCCCAAGGAUUACCUAAUUGAGGACGGCACUGUCCACCUGGUGUACGGGUUCCUGGAGGAGCCGUUCCAGUCACUGGAGGCCAUCAACACCUCGGGCCUGCACACGGGGCUGCAGAGGGUGCAGCUGCUGAAGCCUGACGUCCCCAUCCCGGCAGUGCCCUCAGACACGCAGACCAUGGAGAUCCACGCCCCUGAUGUCCUGAUCCCCGGCCAGGAGACCACGUACUGGUGUUACAUCACCGAACUCCCUGCCGGUUUCCCCCGACGCCACAUCGUCAUGUACGAGCCCAUCAUCACCAAGGGCAACGAGGCCCUGGUGCACCACAUGGAGGUCUUCCAGUGUGCCGCCGAGUUCGAGAGCUUCCCCCACUUCAGCGGGCCCUGCGACUCCAAGAUGAAGCCCGAGCGCCUCAACUACUGCCGCCACGUGCUGGCCGCCUGGGCCCUGGGCGCCAAGGCCUUUUACUACCCCGAGGAAGCUGGCCUUGCUUUCGGGGGAUCUGGGUCCUCCCGAUAUCUCCGCCUGGAGGUCCACUACCACAACCCGCUGAAGACAGAAGGCCGGCGCGACUCCUCGGGCAUCCGCCUGUACUACACAGCCACGCUGCGGCGCUACGACGCGGGGAUCAUGGAGCUGGGCCUGGUGUACACGCCAGUGAUGGCCAUCCCCCCAGGGGAGACUGCCUUCGUCCUCACCGGCUACUGCACAGACAAGUGCACCCAGCUGGCGCUGCCGCCCUCUGGGAUCCACAUCUUUGCCUCUCAGCUGCACACACACCUGACCGGGAGAAAGGUGGUCACUGUGCUAGCCCGGGAUGGCCGAGAAAGGGAGAUCGUGAACAGGGACAAUCACUACAGCGCCCACUUCCAGGAGAUCCGCAUGUUGAAGAGGGUCGUGUCGGUCCACCCGGGGGAUGUGCUCAUCACUUCCUGCACAUACAACACGGAAGACAGGAAGCUGGCCACGGUGGGGGGCUUCGGGAUCCUGGAGGAGAUGUGUGUCAACUACGUGCACUACUACCCUCAGACGCAGCUGGAGCUCUGUAAGAGCGCCGUGGAUGGGGGCUUUCUGCAGAAGUACUUCCAUCUCGUCAACAGGUUCAACAGCGAGGACGUCUGCACCUGCCCCCAGGCUUCCGUCCCUCAGCAGUUUGCCUCUGUUCCCUGGAACUCCUUCAACCGCGACAUGCUGGGGGCCCUGUACGGCUUUGCACCCAUCUCCAUGCACUGCAACAAGUCCUCCGCUGUCCGCUUCCAGGGUGAAUGGAAUCUGCAGCCCCUGCCUGAGAUCAUCUCCAAGCUGGAAGAGCCCACCCCACAGUGUCCCACCAGUCGCAGCCUGAGCCCCGCUGGUCCUACUGUGGUCAGCAUUGGUGGGGGCAAAGUUUGAGCGGGGCCUCCUCCUCGCCCCCCCAUGCUGCCCCUGUGCACUCACACCAACUCUGCGCACCCCCGCUCUGUGAAGACCCCCAUGGAACAGCUUUGUGUGCCC